UUCAUUCAUUCAUUCCAAAUAUCAAAAUCAAAUUAUAACAAUAGCAACACUUACACACAAACCCAACAUCAUAAAUCUCCAUCAUUACAUUAUAUAUACCUCUUUCUUUAUAUCUCACAAGAGUUUGGUUCAACUUCAUUCAACCCUAAACAAAGAAAAGAUUUUCCAAAAUGAAUUAUUUUGGAGGAAAGAUUGGUGGUGGAAGUGAUCAAAUUAGAGGAAAUGGUGUUGGUGGACCUUGUGGUGCUUGCAAGUUUUUAAGAAGAAAGUGUGUAAAAGGUUGCAUAUUUGCACCAUAUUUUGAUUCUGACCAAGGAACGGUUCAUUUUGCUGCAGUUCAUAAAGUGUUUGGUGCUAGUAAUGCCUCUAAGUUACUCAUGCGUAUUCCAGUUCAUAAACGUCUUGAUGCUGUUGUUACUCUUUGUUAUGAAGCUCUUGCUAGGGCUAGAGACCCUGUUUAUGGUUGUGUUGCUCAUAUCUUUGCACUUCAACAACAGGUCAUGAGCUUGCAGGCUGAGUUAACCUAUGUUCAGGCAACUCUUGCGACAAUGCAACGUCUCCCAAUCUCACUUGCUCCGUCUCUUCCAAACCCUCAAAGCACAUCACAAAGUCUUCAUUCUUCCUCAGAUCACUUGGGAACAAAUGCUGACUUGCAAAGUGCCUCUAACAUGUCCAUGAACUUUGAUCCACAUCAACAACUUUCGACAUCAUUGGAUUUGAGCAGUUUCUUCAAUCAUUCAGAUCAACAACUUGAAGAUGAUGAACUUCAAGCUUUGGCUAGAGAAUUUGUCUCUAGGUACUUGCCUGGAGUAAGAUUCCAGCCAUCUAAUUCUCACUAAGGUUUCUAUCUUGUCAUUUUGAUGCUAAUGUUUUUCUAUUUUCAUCUGAAUGUCUAAUGAAAUUUUUAACUUCACUUAAUUUCCUGAGUCUGUUGCUAAUUGUACUGAUCAAUUUGUACUAGUUUCGAAAUGAAGGAUUAUGUAACCAACCUAGUGACUUUUUGCCCUUUCUUUGACAAAUAAAUUCUCCACUCCAUUUCUUUUUCGUAAAGAUAAUUAUAGAAUUACCGUAAAAGAAAGAUAGAUAUAGAUAAACUUCAAAUAAAAACAAUGUUAUGUCGAUCAUAAUUUUAAAUUGUGGUUAUAGUCGUAGAUACAUUGCAGCGAAAUGCAGCUGAUGCUGCCAUAAUUGAGGUUGUGAUGUCCUUGCCGAAACCUUUAAAAUCUCUACAGACCA